AAGAUUUGUUGAUUCGAUUAACCACCAUGCCUAAAUCCACCCUCCUGUAAAAAAGCAUCCAUUAAACCCUAAUUCCAAAAACACAGACACAGAAAUAGAAAAGAAAAAAAAUCACUCGAAAAUUCAUUUCCAAUCCAUAAAACAAUGAAUUCUCCAAGGAUUCUGUUCAACAUUUCCCAGAAAAACCCUAAAUUUCUCUCCUUGUGCUCCCUAAGCUAUUCUCACAUCGACAGUCACCUCAUUACGUCACAGCACCGCUUGAUUUCCUCCACCGCGCCAGUGAGUUCAUGGAUGGACACCAUCAAAGGUGUCUUCACUGGAAAAAAGGCAGAAACUGAAGACACCCCAGAGUCAUUCACGUUACUCAGCUUUGCAGAUGGGAUGAAGAAUGCGAGGAGGGUUGGAUCGCUCAAGCAAUUCGUCGUUGGUAGGAGCAGUGAAGCGACCUUUUCCAGUGCUUUUGAAAAGCAGGAAGCAAUAAUUCGAUAUCUUGGUGCACUUGAUCCUACUGGUGAGAACCUCCAAACAAGUCAAAAACAAGAAGCAGCGAAGCACUGUAAUUGCACAAUAGCAGAUGUUGAGAGUGCUCUCUCUAAGUUUAUAUGGGCUAAAGAAGCACAGAAUAAGUUGCAAAAAUUAAAGGAAGAAGGGAAACCAAUGCCAAAGAGCAUGGCUGAGGUCCAGAAGUUGAUGGGAUCGACACCAUUGGAUCUUGCUCGGUCUAAUUUGGCUAAGAGUGGGCAGAUCAGCAAAAAUGCACUCUGUCCAUGUGGUUCCAAGAAGAAAUACAAACGGUGCUGUGGAAAGGACUGAGGAGAUUGGAAGGUCAAAUGGAAGAGGUGCACUCAAAGCGGGUGGCCGAUAUGGUCGGUCCUUGCAAGAUUGGAGAAAAGAUUUGCAGUCUCAAAUUUUGAUUCAUUUUUUACUAGCUAGAUUGAGCUCCUAAUUUUGUUUGCCAUUAGCAGCAUGUUCUCCGGACAGGUUGUUAAGCCGAAAUUGGCUGCUUGUAAUUGCACCCUUUACAAAUGAGAUUGCCAUUGAAUAAAUAAAGAAGAGCAACUUUUAACCAGA